CGUAAUUAGGUUAUUCAGCCAAAACCCUUCCAAUACCUGCGGAUAGGGUCCGGCCCUGUAUUUUCACAGCUGGCCGUUUUUCCAGGCGUUUUUCUUUUGCUUUUCCAGGCCCAAAAGAAGCCCCACAACAUCGGAAGUGUCCAAGUUUCCAUUUCAUUAUAUUGUUCUUCAAAUUUUUUCCCGUCUGUAUUUUUUUCGCCAGCGGUCAGCGGUUGACGUUCCCAUUUAGCAUUUCAACUUAGCACAAGUGCCCCCCAGAAAAAUGGAGCUGGCCUAGCUGGACCCACACCCAAAAUAGACCAUAUAAAACCAUAUAAAGCCCAAAAGGAAAACAACAGCAAAGAGCGAGCCAGAGAGUGCGAAAGUCCAAAAGGAUUAGGCCAAACUCAUAACGACACGAGUCGGCUAAAAGACGCAGUUAGAGCCACUGAUUGUCUGCGACAAUUGCACAGCAUUUACGUCAGCAAGGGUUAAGCGAGUCGAUUGCACCACCAUGGACUUCAAGGAAUACCGCCAGAGGGGAAAGGAAAUGGUCGACUAUAUAGCGGAUUAUUUGGAGAACAUUCGCGAGAGACGCGUCUUCCCCGAUGUGAGUCCCGGCUAUAUGCGCCAGCUACUCCCGGAAUCGGCACCCAUUGAUGGGGAGCCCUGGCCAAAGAUCUUUGCGGACGUGGAGAGGAUCGUGAUGCCUGGAAUAACCCACUGGCAGUCGCCACACAUGCACGCCUACUUUCCGGCCCUCAACUCGAUGCCCUCCCUGCUGGGCGACAUGCUGGCGGAUGCCAUCAACUGCCUGGGCUUCACCUGGGCCAGUUCUCCGGCUUGCACUGAGCUGGAGAUCAUCGUGAUGAACUGGCUGGGCAAGAUGAUCGGGCUGCCGGACGAGUUCCUGCACCUGAGCUCCAGCAGUCAGGGAGGCGGGGUGCUUCAGACGACGGCCAGCGAGGCCACUCUGGUCUGUUUGCUGGCGGGCAGGACGAGGGCCAUUCAGCGUUUCCACGAGCGACAUCCUGGCUACCAGGAUGCGGAAAUCAAUGCCCGACUGGUGGCCUAUUGCUCGGAUCAGGCUCAUUCUAGUGUGGAGAAGGCAGCUCUAAUUGGACUCGUCAGGAUGCGGUACAUCGAGGCGGAUGAGGACUUGGCCAUGCGCGGCAAACUGUUGCGCGAGGCCAUCGAGGAUGACAUUAAGCAGGGCCUGGUCCCCUUCUGGGUCUGCGCCACUCUCGGCACCACCGGCAGCUGCAGUUUCGACAACCUGGAAGAGAUCGGAGUGGUGUGCGGUGAGUACCACCUGUGGCUUCAUGUGGACGCCGCCUAUGCGGGCAGCGCCUUCAUCUGCCCGGAGUUCCGCACCUGGCUGAGGGGUAUCGAGCGGGCCGACUCGCUGGCCUUCAACCCGUCCAAGUGGCUGAUGGUGCACUUCGAUGCCACCGCCCUGUGGGUGCGCGACAGCACCGCCGUCCACCGCACCUUCAACGUGGAGCCACUCUAUCUGCAGCACGAGAACUCUGGAGUGGCGGUGGACUUUAUGCACUGGCAGAUACCACUGAGUCGCCGUUUCCGGGCCCUGAAGGUCUGGUUCGUUCUGAGAUCCUAUGGCAUCAAGGGCCUGCAGCGCCACAUCCGCGAGGGAGUGCGUCUGGCCCAGAAAUUCGAGGCCCUGGUCCUGGCCGACCAUCGAUUCGAGUUGCCCGCCAAACGGCAUCUGGGCUUGGUGGUUUUCCGGAUUCGCGGCGACAACGAGAUCACCGAGAAAUUACUGAAACGUCUGAACCAUCGGGGCAACCUUCACUGCAUCCCUUCGUCGCUGAAAGGACAGUAUGUGAUCCGGUUCACGGUCACCUCGACGCACACCACCCUGGAUGACAUUGUCAAGGAUUGGAUGGAGAUCCGGCAGGUGGCCUCCAUGGUGCUCGAGGAGAUGAACAUCACCAUUUCGAAUCGCGUCUAUCUCAAGGAAACCAAGGAGAAAAACGAAGCCUUCGGCUCCAGUCUCCUGCUCUCGAACUCUCCGCUUUCGCCCAAAGUGGUUAAUGGUUCGUUUGCGGCCAUAUUCGAUGCCGAUGAGUUCUUGGCCAAAACCUAUGCCGGUGUUCGAAUAGCGCAUCAUGAAUCACCGUCGAUGAGGAGACGGGUCCGCGGUAUUCUCAUGUCCGGGAAGCAGUUCUCGCUGGACUCGCACAUGGACGUGGUGGUGCAGACGACCCUUGAUGCCGGCAGUGGUGUGACUCGCACUGGCAGCACCAACUCCUACGGGCGCACGGCUCUAAAGGAAUCCACCGCCCAGAGUACGGCCGGCGGCCAGGCGAGUAUCCGGGAGGACAACGAGGAGUCGUCGGAAGAAACUGAACUGCUUUCGCUUUGCCGGCCUGGCAAGGUGUGCAGCCUCACUCCUAACUCCAGCCACGCCCACUCCCUAUCCACGGCCAGUCGCAGCUGCAGCUCCACUUCGCACUCGCACUCCUUGACCCACUCACCUUCCUCCAGCCACUCGCCGCCAAAUAACCAAUUCCGGCCCAUAAACACACACGAGACUUCCCAUCAGACCCCGAUGGAGCUGCCCCACCCCAUGCCCCUUCCAUUAUCGCUCCCCCUCCCUAUGAUUUAUCCCUCCUGCAAUCCCAGUGUCACCGUCUCUGUGGACAGCCUCUCGACCCCCGUUACCACCUGCAACGUCUACCAUGGCAAGCGAUUCCUGGAGACCCUCGAGAGCCAAGCCGACGGCGGGGCUUCCUUCAGCAGCAGCAUCUUUCGCCUGCCAACGCCCCUGGCCACGCCCACCCAGGAGCCGCCCGAGGAUCUCGACUGGCCGGCAAAGACCUUCAGCCAGCUGCUGCUGGAGCGCUAUGCCACGUAUUCGCUUUCCCGGUCCGAAUCCCUUGGCAACUCCUCCACCGGCAGCAGCAGCCUCAGUUGUGAAUUAGACGAAAGGGGCGGUGCCACGCCCACACCCACACCAUUGAGCAGCCUGGAUGAGCAGGCCACGCCCCUGUUGCAGUCGUUUGCCUCCCCGACGACGCCACCAAUGUUCUCCGCCCAUGGAGUCGGGGAGCCAGCGGGAAGGGAUACCGAUUCGGAUGCGACCAUUUGUUCGGCAGCAUCAUCGAUGGAGUCGCUAUAGUCCUUUCCAACCAGCAGGAUCUAAAUAUUUCU